GCUUUGCCACUCUACAGAGGCUGGUAUUCUCCUUAAAAAUCCAGCAAUCUGUGAUAGUAGAAGAGCCUUGCUAUAGCUGUGGUGGCUAAGGAGCUCAAAAGAAUGAGGUUUGGGAAUAAAAGGAGUCACCCCUCUGCUGCUGCACCAGGGAGAAGCUGAAGUGAUAGCAGAAGGAAUGAGCAGUGGGAAAGGAACAGAGGCUUAUUGUCAAGUUGCUGCUUGAUUGGGGAAGAAAACAGUGCAUGACCAUCCUUUCACUGCCAGCACUGCUUCCAAACAGCCAGGAAUUGAGUUUUCAUUCUUCUGCAGCCACAGCUGCUCAGCCAAACACAUGACUUUGGGCACAAGGGAGAAGAUAUGGCUGUUGGUUGCUGUGACAUAUUUGUUUCAGGGAGUUACUUAUUCAGAAGAACUGAGGAGAAGGAAGAAAGCUUUGGAUCCUGAAGCCUUUAUGAGUAUUAAUGAUCUCAUUACUUACAAAGGGUACCCCAGUGAGGAGUAUGAAGUGGUGACAGAAGAUGGUUAUAUUAUUACCCUUAACAGAAUUCCUUAUGGUACUCAGAAUCAAGGAAGCCCAGCUUCAAGACCUGCUGUGUUUCUCCAGCAUGGAUUAUUGGGAGAUGCUGGUAACUGGGUCACAAACCAGCCCAACAACAGCUUGGGCUUCCUGCUAGCUGAUGCUGGAUUUGAUGUUUGGAUGGGAAAUAGCAGAGGGAAUCGCUGGUCAAGAAAACAUCAAAAGUAUUCUGUUGAUCAAGAUGAAUUCUGGGCUUUCAGUUUUGAUGAGAUGGCAAAGUUUGAUCUUCCAGCGGCAAUAAAUUUCAUUUUGGAGAAAACAGGACAGGAAAAUUUGUACUAUAUUGGCUAUUCACAAGGUACUACCAUUGCUUUUAUUGCAUUUUCAACAAUGCCAGAGCUGGCUCAAAAAAUCAAACUCUACUUUGCAUUGGCACCUGUCACUGCUAUUAAGUAUGCUAAAAGCCCAGCAACAAAACUCCUCUACCUGCCUGAAAAAGUGCUCAGGGGUAUGCUUGGCAACAGGGAAUUCCUUCCCCAGACUGAGUGUCUGACAAGGAUUAUAGCCCCUGUCUGCAGCCACCGAGCUUUUGCCAGGCUUUGUAGGAGUGUCUUCUUCAAUCUGGGUGGCUGCAACCUGAAAAACAUUGAUGUGAACCGAAUCAACGUGUAUAUUGCCCAAACCUCUGCUGGAACUUCUGUGCAGAACAUAGUCCACUGGAGUCAGGAGGCCCGCUCAGGGAAGUUCCAAGCUUAUGACUGGGGCAGUUCAAAGAAGAACAUGGAAAAAUACCAACAGACUACUCCUCCUCUCUACAACGUGGAAGGGAUGACUGUCCCCACUGCAGUAUGGACUGGGGGACAGGACCAGCUCGCAGACCCCAAGGAUGCAGCCAUUUUAUUGUCCAAAAUUAAGAAGCUUAUCUAUCACAAGAAGAUUCCUGAAUGGGCACACCUGGAUUUCAUCUGGGGAUUGGAUGCACCUUUGCAUGUGUACAGUGAAAUCAUUGACCUGAUGCAGAAAUAUCCUUAAUCACAACCAGAAGCCUUACCUGACUUGUUCAUCAGCACUUAGAUUCACUGGGUACAAAAACCCUCUUCUGCUGGAUCCAGAGUCAGGGAAAGGGUUCCUCCUGCACACUACAUGUCACUCCAAUGCCUUUUGCAUCCUGACAGUGCAGUUCAUGUUUUCUGACAGCCUUGUGGAUCUGUAAUAUUUUUUCAAUUGAUACAUCUUCAAUUCUGCAAUAACUCCACUUUGCUAACAGAAGACAGGGUUUGCUUCCAGCCUACUCUCUUCUCUAGACUAUAACAGUAAUGAAAGCACUUCCUUUCUCUGGAUACAUUCUGUGAUCUCUAGAUGUUCAUCAUUCUUCAUAUUAUUGCUCAGUUUAUUGGGCUGGCAGUUAUUUAAAGGCAUAGUGUAAUCAAAAUCUUAUUCUAACAGUUGUGGUAUUGUAUAAUUUUAUUAUUAAACAGAUUGUUAAACAAGAAAGUGAGUUCAUACAAAAAAAGCCUCUCUUCUGAAAAGAAGAGGGUUUGUCUUUGUUUGAAGCAGGAAUGCUCCCUGUUUUCAUGGGGGAGACCAAGGGACACAGGGUAGACCCAAUAGAAAACAGUAGCCAGUACCAGCAGGUUCAAGCAUGCACCUGGAAGCUGGGAAACUUGGCUUCAAGACCCUCCCUGAGAAAGGUAAAUCCUUGCUGAUUCAAUAUUAAUCCUUUUGGCAAUGGCAGCACUUCCAUGGAACCAUUUACUUCAAAGUUACGCCCUGAACCCAGCAGAAACUUCACACCUCCUGCUGUUUCACAUAAAAGCUACUGGCCAUCACAGAGCUGAGAUGAUCUAACCUUUGUCAAGGUUUUGAGCAGCUCUUUGGAGUUUAAAAUGAAAAUUACCCAAGCAUUGCUAGAAAGAAUCCAUUAUCUUCAUCCCAUGUAAAUUCAGAGCACUUUGACCACUACUGGAAAGACCUGCUUUCAAGACAAUGCUAAAGAAUUAUUCAUCCUAUUAAUUUCCUGAGGGAAUUAUGACUCUACCAGUCUUGUUUUAAAUAGGUAGUUACUGCACAAAACCACUCAGUUGAAGGGUAACCUCUGUGGUUUUUAGGUUACAGCCAUUAUAGGUCACCAUUCCUCCAAAGCAAAAUGCCAUUAGCUUCACUGUGAAAAGAAACACUGUGCAUUAGGGGUUUCCUUUCAGCCUGACACUCUCAUUCUCCUUUUCCAUGAGAAGUUAAUGUGGGCCAAGUGUGGGAUGCUAGCCAGCACAGUGCAGCUGUUGCACUGGGACAGUUCACUGGUGACACUGUGAGACCAAAGGACCAGAGUCUCACUCUGAGCAAUGGUUCAUUAGCCAAACAAGUUAACCAUGGCUGUUACCACUUCUGCACCUUUCCCUUCCCAGAGAAACAGCAGCCCAUUUUCAUCUCCUGAGCCCACUGCUGAAGGCUGUCCUGUUUCCUUCUGUUUCCCAAAUGUAACUAAAGUUUGAUCCAAAGAAAACAUUUCCCCUCCAGACAAGGACAUUCCUUCCAUCAAAUACAAAUUCCUGGAGACAAAUACCCUUCAGAGAGUCAAUCUUUCAACUAACUCACCGCUUGCAGGGAAAAUGUGCAAGGACAUGAGACCUACUUUUUAAGUUUUCAAUAGUUUCCAUGCUAAAUGCAACAGCAUCAUACCUGAAAGUAGGCAGAGCAUUCCAUAAAGUCACCUGGAAAAGAGAUUGCAAUUGUGCAGCUAUCUUGCAACUUGGGACACCAUAGAGGAGGUGGGGAAUUGAAUUUUCUGGAAAAGCAGGAAAAGCAGGUUGAGCAAACAGCACUGGACACAUCAUGGGGACUGUUGAUCCCACCUUGGGACAUGAGAAGGUGUGAGACAUUAUGUUGCAAAAGUUUGAUGAUAGUUAUUGUCACUUACAGAUAUCAGAGAAGUCAAGUUAUGAUGCUUUUCACUGAGAAAUUAUCAGACUGCCUUUCUCACUGUGCCAAGCAAUGUUCUUUUAUGUAAAGCAGAACUGUUGCUGUGCU